GUAGCAUUGAAUCUCCGGUAUCAAAAUCGUUUCGUGAAAAAUUAUUCUUUUUUCGACGUAAAAGUGAGUAUAUUUGCUUUUGUGUCUUUCAAUUAUAAUUAUUAUCGUUAUUCUGAUCGGUGUAUAUAUAAUUUCUACACAACUGACAAGAUGUGCGACAGGAAGGCAGUGAUCAAGAAUGCUGACAUGAGCGAGGAGAUGCAGCAGGAUGCUGUGGACUGUGCGACGCAGGCCCUCGAAAAGUUCAACAUUGAAAAGGACAUAGCGGCGUUCAUCAAGAAGGAGUUCGACAAGAAGUACAACCCGACGUGGCACUGCAUCGUGGGCCGCAACUUCGGCUCGUACGUGACGCACGAGACGCGCCACUUCAUCUACUUCUACCUGGGGCAGGUGGCCAUCCUGCUGUUCAAGAGCGGCUAACUGCCCCCCCUACACCCCCUGCCCCACACACUCGGAUUGGAUGAAUGUUGCUCGACGGCUGGUGCGUGAUUGACUCGUUUGUUUAUGCUGGGCAUCCAGAGUGAGAAUUUACUUGUGUAAACGUUCACGUCUAGUAUUUAUUAAAUUUUAGUUAAUUCCUAGACUAUACCUAGCAUAGUGAAGUCAUAUGUUAGUACUUAUCUAAAUUUAUUGUUUUUUCUUUGUUAAUACGUUCACUGGAGAUAUUUUCAAUACUUCUAUUAUAAUUAAACUUUCUUACAAACCA